UGCCUUAAAAUUUCACAACUCGCCGACCUGGUGAACGACACGUCACGCUCGUGAUCGUGCCGACGUCGUGCGCUAGCUCCGACAAUGGCUCAGCACCGGCAGCUCGGCUUCUUCCCUUCGUCGGUCACCAGGCCGUGCCUGGCCCUCGCCGUGACGGCCCUGAUGUGCGCCGUGACGGCGCAGCCGCAGCCACUGCCGGUGCCGCAGCCGACGACGACGACACCGAUGGCGGCGCCGCCCGCGGUGCCGAGCUUGCCGGCUGCGUGCCCGCCGGCGCAGGCCACCCUGGCGCCGUGCCUGGGCUUCUUCACCAGCAACUCCUCGUCACCGCCGGCGGAGUGCUGCGCCCAGAUACGGGCCAUGUUCCAGUCGCAGGCGCCGUGCCUCUGCGCCGCGAUGGCGUCGGGGCCGGCGGCCCAGCUCGGUGGUCUCGGGUCCGCGCUCGGCCAGCUGCUGCCCAGCUCGUGCGACCUGCCCGCCAACGCCUGCUCGGGGACGACCACGGGCGGUGCCCCGGCUGGUCCGACGACGACGCCGGCGCCAGGGUCUGGCGCGACCGCUGCGGCGGCGCCGGAGACCGGGCCGACCGGUGCGGACACGACGGCGCCAGGCGGUGGUGCUGGAGUGAAGUCAGUUCCAGGCUUGCUUGACACGGGAGCUGCUGCAGCAGGCUACCGCGGCAUCUCUGCCGCCGCUCUCUUCAUGACGUUGUUGGGCGUUUACCUUCUCUGAACUCUUGAUCGGAUUAUGCACUGCUACGAUCGUUCCGAGUCGUGUGAUCGUUUCCGUGGUGCGUACUUCAAGAUGUGUGGAUUUUGUAGCAUGUCGUUCAUGUUCUAUGAUGCGGUACUGUUCUGUGCUUGCUGUGAGAUGUGACCAGUGACCACGCACAGAGUUGCCACUGAAUUCAGUUUAUGCCGAUUUACCGCGGUUCAUGAAAUAAACAUAUGGCUCCUACAAAGUAA